UCUAGCAAAUUCCGCUGCUGGCAUUCUUUUUGUUACAACGUUUUUUUGCAGAUAGGUUAAUAAUUUUAGGUGGAAAAUUAAAGAAAAAAUAAACAAAAACGUACCUAAAGUGAUUUUAAAAAAGCGACUGAUACAAGAAGGCAUAAUUAGUAUUGCUACGUCAAUAUGCGUUUGGCAAUAUUUCUUUUAAUAUUUUGCAUAUUCGAGUAUGCGCUGACCGUGGACCAAACGAAUUUCAAAACAUGUGAUCAGAGCAGUUUUUGCAGGCGAUGCCGCAAAGUGAAGCCAGAUAAUCCUAAAUUUGCUUUGGUACCUGGGACACUCAAUACUUACUCAGAUUCCAUAACAGCCGAUCUGAUACAUAAGGAUAACAAACAUUUGUUUAGCCUUAAGUUAGAAGCUUUAGAGCAGAGCAACACCUUUCGAUUGCUUGUGGAUGAGAAAACUCCCCUGAAGCCUCGCUACAAAGUUCAAGAUGCUCUUAAAUCAACACCGAAACCUGGAAGCAUUAAAGUUCACGAGGGUGAUACCGAAUUUACAAUUAAUUCAGGUCCAAAUAAAGCUGUUGUCACCGCUGAUCCAUUCCGUGUUGAUUUCUAUCAAAAUGACAUUCUUACCGUUUCGGUUAAUGCUAAGGGUCUCAUGACUUUUGAACAUUUGCGUCCAAAGCCUCAACAACCAGCUGAGGGAGAGAAUGCAGAAAACCCUGCAGCCAAUGUAGUAAAGGAGGCUUAUGAAAUCGAUGAUCCUGGUGCAUGGGAAGAGAAUUUCAAAUCACAUCAUGAUUCAAAACCCUACGGACCUGAGGCUAUUGCCCUCGAUUUUUCUUUCCCAGAAGCAGAAGUUCUAUUCGGCAUACCUGAACACGCAGACUCUUUUGCUCUAAAAUCUACAUCAGGUACAGACCCUUACCGAUUGUACAAUGUCGACGUCUUUGAAUAUAUCAUCGACAGUAAGAUGGCCCUUUAUGGUUCGGUGCCAGUAAUCUAUGGCCACGGUACUCAACGCACUGCUGGCGUUUUCUGGCAUAAUGCGGCCGAGACAUGGGUUGAUAUCUACACAGCUGAAAAGAACGUUGUAUCAUCGAUUGUGAACUUUGUAUCGGGCUCCCGCAAGUCGGAUCCACCAGCCGCCCAUUUCAUGUCUGAGUCGGGUAUUAUUGAUACAUUUAUAUUCCUUGGCCCCACUCCCCUCGAUGUGUUCAAGCAAUAUACAUCGCUCACUGGCUCCGCGCCUUUACCUCAAAUAUUUGCACUCGGUUACCACCAGUCCCGUUGGAACUACAAUGAUGAACGUGAUGUGGAAGAUGUUUCGGCCAAAUUCGACGAAUAUGAUAUUCCCAUGGAUACCAUGUGGUUGGACAUUGAAUACACCGAAGGCAAAAAGUACUUCACUUGGGAUCCAUUUAAAUUCCCCAAUCCACUUGGUAUGAUUAAAAAUUUGACCGAUGUGGGCCGUCAUCUGGUGGUUAUUAUUGAUCCUCACAUUAAACGCGAUAGUGGCUAUUUCUUUCACAAUGAUUGCACCGAACGUGGCUAUUAUACAAAAAAUCGCGAAGGCAAUGACUACGAAGGUUGGUGUUGGCCCGGAUCUGCAAGCUAUCCCGACUUCUUUAAUCCUGAGGUGCGUGCUUAUUAUGCUAGUCAAUAUUUGCCGUCAAAUUUCAAAACUGUCACAGCUGAUGUCAUGAUCUGGAACGACAUGAAUGAACCAUCUGUAUUCAAUGGGCCUGAGGUGACAAUGUUAAAAGAUUUGGUGCAUUAUGGCAAUUGGGAACAUCGUGAUGUACACAACUUGUACGGGCACAUGCAUGUGAUGGGCACUUUCGAAGGGUUACUGAAUCGUGAUGCUAACCAACGCCCAUUCAUUUUAACUCGCGCUCACUUUGCUGGCACACAACGUUAUGCUCUCAUCUGGACAGGCGAUAACAUGGCGGAAUGGGGUCACUUGCAGCAUUCCAUUAAAAUGUGUCUAUCUGAAGCUGUUGCCGGUUUCUCCUUCUGUGGGGCCGAUGUUGGCGGCUUCUUUGGUAAUCCCGAUGCAGAAUUGUUUGAACGCUGGUACCAGACGGGUGCUUUUUUGCCCUUCUUCCGUGGACAUGCACACAUCGACACAAAACGACGUGAGCCAUGGCUAUUUCCCGAAAGCACACGUUUGGUUGUACGCGAUGCAUUGCGCAAACGCUACUCCUACUUGCCGUUGUGGUACACAAUGUUCUAUGAGCACGAAUUGACUGGCGAACCAGUUGUGCGUCCUCUGCUAGCGCACUAUCCCAAAGAUAAAGAAGGGUUUACUAUUGACAACGAGUUUCUGUUGCAAGAUCGUCUGCUGGUGCGCCCCGUAACGGAGCAGGGCGUAAGCAAAGUGAAUGUUUACUUCCCAGCCAUUGAUGACAAGAAGACCGGCGAUGUGUGGUACGAUGUAGAUACGUUUAAAAAGUAUACAAACGCUGGCUAUCAAAGUAUUCUAGUGGACAGCUAUAAAAUUCCUGUUUUCCAACGCGGCGGUACAAUUGUACCCAAAAAGGAACGAAUCCGCAGGGCUGCGACGCUCAUGAAGAACGACCCAUAUACUCUGGUUGUGUGUCUGAAUAGCGCUGGCAAGGCAGAGGGCACAAUUUAUUUAGACGAUGAAAAAUCAUACAAUUAUCGAAAGGGUGAAUACAAUUACAUCAAUAUGAAGUUUGAAAACAACGUGCUGGAUGUGAACUUUAUUGGCAAACCAAAUUUCAAGACAGCCGCUUGGAUUGAACGUGUUGUCAUUGCUGGUUUGGGACGCAUACCCAAGUCGGCCACUCUCAUUAUCGAUGGUGCUUCACAAGAGCUGGAAAUUUUACCACAUGGUGAAGGUGUAGCUGUACGCAAACCUGGUAUAUCGGUGCAGCAAAUCUACAAUAUUAGGCUUAAUUUUUAAAUUGUUCAGGGAAUAUAAGACUAUAGAUAAAGCAUAAUGAGAAUUAGUAGAUGCUUUUAAGCUUACAUUUCCAUGCACCGUAGGUCUUAAACUUCUGAGGUAUUAUUUAAUUGACGCUAAAUAUAUGUAUGUAUUCUUCCUGUCGUUUUCAAUGGUACUCAUAGCAUUUCAUAACCUUUAAAUAAAGUUGAAACGGGAACUUUUGUUAACAACCGUUUUGGUUACAUUCAGAAUAGGCCUGACUUGCAAUUUUUAAAAUGUAUGAAUGUUUCUCAGAUGUUUUAAAUUCUCAAAUUUAUGUAUUUUUUGCGAUUUUUUU